ACCAUCUCCACAUUCCAGUUAAAAUUAUCGACUUCUAAUUAUACUAAAAUACUAAAAAACAAGCAACAUAAACAAAUAUAUCAACACUUUCAUCAUACUGCAUCUCUUAACGAAUCUCUCACAGGGCAACCUCCAGUGAAGUAAUAUCCUGUAGGGAUUCAAAUCAAUGGCCUCAACUUCCUCCACCACACUUUCUCUUCCCUCUUCAUCAACCCUUGUUGAUGCCAAGGCUCAUCGCCAGUCAGCUGCUGUCUCACCCCAAUAUGUAAACCUCCCUACACUCCCACCACCGCCUGUUCAGUCUCAAAACCGUCCCUGGAAGACAGCUGCUUAUUGUCGAAAGAUUGCGCGCAAUGUUAUGGCUAUGGCAACAGGAGAGGCUGUGGCAACAGGAGAGGCUAUGGCAACAGGAGAGGCUAUGACAACAGGAGAUGCUCCAGCUCAAGUUGCAGCGACUGAAUUGCCAGAAAUCGUCAAGACAUUGCUGGACGCUUGGGACAAAGUUGAAGAUAAGUAUGCAGUCACUUCACUUACAGUUACUGGUGCCGUUGCAUUAUGGGGCUCUACUGGGAUGAUUUCUGCAAUUGACAGGCUUCCAUUAGUUCCCGGCUUACUUGAGCUGGUUGGCAUUGGCUACACUGGGUGGUUUGCAUACAAGAACCUGAUUUUCAAACCAGAAAGGGAAGCAUUUAUACAGAAAGUAAAGGACACAUACAGGGAUAUAAUCGGAAGCAGCUGAAGGAAAACCAACUAAAAAUGCUGCUGAUAAGAUGAGGUUUCUAACCAGAGUAAAGCUCUUGUAAUGUACUGUUAUGAUCCUUUGAAGGUACAUGUAACUAAGUAUUUCAGUUGCCUUUCUUUAGCAUUAUAAUAUGCUCAAGGGCAACUUUCUUUCAACAUUUGCAAGUAAACAAAGUAAAUCUAGAUUGCCAAUGUCAUAACUUCUAGGCAUGUCUUUUAUUGUAAGACUGGGUAACAAGGUUACAUUUCCAUAA